AUGGACUCCUCACCAACCCAGGUGAAAGUCACCUUCACUACCAACGAGCACGAUCUUCAGCUUCCAGAGUCCAAGAGACAGUUGCUUGUUCCGGCAGACAUUAAGCGCUAUGGCCUCUCUCGAAUUCUCAAUUCCGAGUCCAUGCUGGACACGUCCUCCCCCAUCCCACUCGACUUCCUUGUCAACGGCACGUUUCUGCGAACUUCUAUCGAUGACUAUCUCAAAUCGAAUGGCCUCUCGCCAGAGACGACUGUGAAUCUCCAGUAUGUCCGCAGCCUGUUGCUGCCCGUCCACCAAGCCACUUUCCAGCAUGACGACUGGGUCGGCGGCGUUGAUGUCUUAUCAGCAACAGCUGCUGCUGGCAGAGGUGUCGACGGUGUUGUCAGUGACAGACUUGCCAGUGCCUCAUACGAUCGCUUCGUGAGAGUAUGGAACUCGUCUGGCGAGGUGCUUGCGACAUCUACUGCCGGUAGAGGAGCCGGGCACUGGUUAAGACCCAACACUGUGAAGUGGCUAUCUCCCUCAAAGCUUGCCUCUGCAGGCCUUGAAGGAAACGUCUUCAUCUGGGACUACUCCGAGUCGGAAGAAAACUCGUCAGGCUCUCUGAAAUGCUACAUGGAACUACGGGGUCAUGCAAAGCAAAUUCAUACCAUCGACGUCAACUGCGCUACAAGACGAAUUCUCACUGCCUCCUCGGACGGGCGUGUCGGUCUGUGGACCACGUCCAAAAAAACGGCACCUCAAGCUGAUGCCGAAACCCUGCCAUCAUCCCAGCCCACCAAACGUGCCAAGUUGUCCGCCGCCACUACCGCCGCUCAGCGUGGUCCCUUGGCCCUGAUGCCCAUGCACGAUUCCGUGGUCACUGCCGCCGUUUUCCACCCCCACGACUCAACCGUUGCGUACUCUGCAUCGCAAGACCAUGCCGUCAAGACCAUCGACCUGACUACACAGAAGGCGGUCUCAAGAUUGUCAACUCUCCAUCCCAUCAUGUGUGCAGCCGCAUUGCCCACGCAUUCGCUUGUCGCCGCUGGCUCUUCAGCCCGACACAUCACCCUCCUGGACCCCCGAGAGUCAGCUACCGCCACGGCAGCCAUGACUCUCCAUGGCCACAUAAACAUGGUUGUAUCCCUGUCGCCGUCCCCAGACAAUCAAUACACACUGGCAUCCGGUUCAUGGGACAGCACCUGUCGAGUCUGGGAUCUCCGAUGGGCACGGCACGCAACAUUGGAAGGGGGAGCCAACACUGUCCCCAAUGCUGUGUACACCAUUCCCAGAGAGUGGUUAAAGGGCAAAAAGUUGCCGCCCGCUGGUGAUGGCGCCAAGGUGUUAAGCAUCGUGUGGGACAAGUCGUGGGGCAUUGUGAGCGCAGGAGAGGAUAAAAAGGUGCAGAUUAACAGGGGAAGCGGGAUUUUGCCUCCGUCGGAUUGA